AAAUUAAACUUGUCUUCUACAUUACUUUGAUAAUAAUGGAUAUGUGGUCUAUUUGUUGGAUCUCCAUUACAAGUUUGAGUGUUAUAGCUGCGACACAUUGGAUAUAUAAGUGGUAUAACCCUAAAUGCAAUGGAAAGCUACCUCCUGGCUCCAUGGGUCUCCCUUUAAUUGGAGAAACCAUACAGUUCAUCAUUCCCAGCAAAUCUUUAGACAUUCCAUAUUUCAUAAAAAAGAGAACCAAAAUGUACGGACCCUUAUUUCGAACCAAUUUGAUGGGAAAGCCGGUGAUUAUAUCAUCCGAUCCUGAUUUUAACCAUUAUCUUCUUCAACAAGAGGGAAAAUUAGUUGAGAGAUGGUUUAUGGAUUCAUUUUCUAAGCUUUUGAAACAUGACGCUACUAAAUUAAUGUCAAACCCAGACAUAUAUAAGUAUUUAAGAAACUUGGUUUUGAGUCAUUUUGGCCUCGAGCGACUUAAGAAUAAGCUUAUACCUGAGUUAGAAGCUUGCAUCAGAAAGAGACUACAAAUUUGGUCUAAAAAGGCAUCCAUUGAAACCAAAACUGCAUGUGCAGCUAUGGUGUCUGAUUUUUCAGCGAAAAUAUUAUUCGGUUACGACUCAGAAAAAUCAGGGGAAAAUUUAGGUGAAAGUUUAAGCAAUUUCAUGGAAGGAUUUAUGUCAAUCCCCUUAAAUAUCCCUGGCACAGCUUUCCAUAAAUGCAUGAAGACUCAAAAGAGGGCAAUGAAAAUAAUUAGAGAGUCAGUAAAAGAAAGACGGAAUAACCCUGAGCAUCGUAAAGGGGAUUUUCUUGAUCAAAUUCUGGAAGAAAUGAAAAUAAAUAGCUUUUGGACUGAUGAAAUAGCGAUCUAUGUGAUGUUUGGGAUAAAUCUUGCAAGCUUUGAGACUAUAUCUUCUACUCUUGGGGUCGCUAUUCAAUUUCUGACGGACAACCCUUAUGUUGUACAAAAAAUGAGGGAGGAGCAUGAGACAAUUAUCAAAAAUAGGGAAAAUAAAGAUUCAGCACUCACAUGGAAUGAGUAUAAAAGCAUGACCUAUACGCAUCAAGUUGUCAAUGAAACAAACCGAUUGGCAAGCGCUACACCUGGAAUAUUGAGAAAGGCAAUAAAAGAUAUCCAAAUUGAUGGAUAUACAAUUCCGAAAGAUUGGAUUAUAAUGGUGGUUCCGACAUCAAUCAUGCUGGAUUCGAACGUAUAUAAAGAUCCUCUUACCUUUGAUCCAUCGAGAUGGGAUAACGUGGGUUCUAUUUCAAUGGGGAAGAACUUCGUGGCAUUUGGAGGAGGCCCAAGAGCUUGUGCAGGAGCAGAGUUCAGCAAGGCUUUAAUUGCUAUAUUUUUCCAUGUCUUCGUCACUGAAUACAGGUGGACCAAAAUCAAGGGAACAGACAUGGUUCGAACUCCAGCUCUUGGAUUUGGAAAUGGGUAUCACAUCAAAGUUACAGAAAAGCAAGGAUAAUUUGUUUUCGAAACAUAUUUAAAAUAAAUGUUUUAUCUAUUUUCUGUUGUGUAAUAAAUCCAUAUCGAUGGGUAAAUAACAAAAUGUCGUGAUGUCAUUAUUCAUCACAAAGUAUCUGUGUAUUUCACUAUUUUAUUUGUCGUGUGUAUUUAAAGAGUGUUUAUUCCAUGGAUUGUUUGUGUCAUGUCAUAUUUAUAAUAAAGCGAUGAACAUUUACAGUAA